AUGGCAUCCCUUCUUUCAAAGGGAGUGGCAAUUUUCGUUUCGGCUCUUGUCCUCACUGUCUCGGCGGCAAUCCUUGUUUUCCUUCUCUCAACAUGUCUGACAUCAUCCCCUUGCAGCUGCCCCCCAGUCUCCCCCAACACAGCCACCAGCAAGAACCCUAAAACCACGGCCCAUAUAUCUCCAUCACAUGUUGAUAUAGAGUGGGUCAAAUCCCAAAUCCUAGCCAACAAGCUGCAGAUGCACAGAAACAUCGUGCGUAAGGGCAUAAACCCUCGGACUCGCGAGCAGCAGCUGCAAGACCUACAGCUAUUCAAGGGCUUAUCCCACUAUGAAGGCCGAGAAGCGAAUAACCACACUCUUCUCCCAUGUCCCGGCAACCUACUCGUCGAGGAGCACCACAGCAAUUAUGGAGAGCCAUGGGCCGUGGGCCGUGACAUAUUCGAGUUUUUGGUCGGGUCGGCUAACCUGAACCCUAACUCUACAGUGUUGGAGCUAGGUUGUGGGACCCUCCGAGUGGGCCUUCAUUUCAUCCGGUUUCUGGAUCCCGAGCGGUACCACUGCUUGGAGCUGGACGACCUUUCUAUAAUGGCUGCCUUAAGGUAUGAGCUCCCAUCUCAGGGUUUGUUACAUAAGCGUCCGCUGAUCGUGAAGGGUGAGGAUAUGGAUUUCGGUGUGCUUCGAUCCAGUUUGAAAUAUGAUAUGAUAUAUGGGACUGCUGCAUCUCUGCACAUGCCUCGCACGCCGGUGUGGACCCUUUUACGGAGAAUUGCCGGCUGUUUGAGACCUGAGGGUUUAUUAUUUGUCUCUGAGAACAUGAAGUUCUGUACUCGUUUGGGAGGCAACUUGUGCAACAGCAAGCUAAAGAGCCUUGGCUUGGAGUACAUCGGUAACAAAACACAAGAUUGCCUCCUUUUCAACCACUACAAGAAGUGGUUUGCAUUUAGGAUGGAAAUGUAA